AUGGAUUCCACGGAAGCUUAUUUUGAUGACGAUGGGUGGAAACAACAAACGAGACGUGCCCGAAAGACCGUAAGGAAGCUGACUAGUCACACUCAUGCGAACGACUUAUUCGUCAUUCUGGAUCUGCAAACGAUGAAGCUUGAUGAGACAUUCCAAUAUCAGUUUCUCAAAGAUAACAUCAUAGAUGCCGUGGAGCAAGUGACUAAUAAGAUAUACACGUGCUCUCAGAUCAAUGUUUAUCUAAUGUCAGAUACUAAGGAAUCUGAAGAACAUAGACGCAAUGUGGAAUUUCUGAAAAAGUUUUGUAAUCUCGUCGAUUGUUACACUAGGAAACUCCGAUGUCACGUAUGUAAAAGCCUUCCAACAGAGGGACGGAAGAAAAGGCUAUCCGAGUUGGAAAUGGUGAAGGAUUCAUGUGAUGUUGCCUUAGAGGAAAGAAACAACCGUAUGAAGACCGCUUUUUUCAUUGCUUCGAAUGACCAAUUCUUCAAUGAUGUUCUUGCACAAGAUCUCGCUUCACAAGGAUUCGAAGUGUUUACCGGUCGAGUUAAGGGGAUGGUAAGGAAAAGCAUGUAUAGAUCUGUGGUUUAA